CGGUCUCGUUAGUGUGGCGGCGAUCGCGACUGCGGAAUGAUGUAUACGUUAAAGGGGAGGUACGCGGUGGUGACGAUUCUUUUGUUUGCUCUGAGUCGCGGUGAUCUCUUCAGACGCACGCGGCAACAGCAGCGAUACAAUCCCGGGAUAUCGGCAUUUCCGUGGCAUCUCGCACCAUCUUGGGAGUACAUACUCCAUGAGAUUAUUCUCAAGUCGGUCACCCCGCCGCCGCAGGAUGCUAACGUGCCUUACAAGCGUCCGUUGGACGCGUCUUUCUACGGCGGGCCGGUCAACGUGAAUUUCAGCGACGACGUGAAUGUUGUGUCGCGCGGCAAUGUCUAUCGUCUGCUCAACGGCCACUGGAUGCUGUGCCAGGACGGAUGCGUGGAUUGCGAGCCGUGCGCGGCGCAGAGGAAUCCCUUAUUCAAGUGGGUCCUGCAGAGGGUCAAGCAGCUGUCAGUUUCCGACUCGCCGCGACACGAUCUCCAGCUGACGAUAAUGCCGCAAGCGGACGAUCGCUUCCCCGCGAGCAAUCUCUGGCCGAAUUCCUAUGUUUACGUAACAUCCCAGAGCGAGCGAGCGCCGGUCUCGAUUAUCAGAACGCAGUACAAUAACAAUCAUGACAAUGUCUUGUCCAAUUUGGAGAACAGUUUUUCCGAGCAGCAUUAUCGAUCGAAGGAUCUCUGGCGAUUGACGCCGCGAGACUCGGUCGCCAGUCAGGACAAGAUCCCGCGGACAGAUGAUCGCGUUACCAUUCAAGAGAACGCGAGCACCGAGCAGCCCAAGAAGGAGGAAUCGCCUGAGCAGAGAGACAGAUUCAGAAAUACGACGAUACACCGAUCGCGGCCGAAAUUUGUGAAAGAACAGGAUCAAUCAAUCAAUUUGACGUCGAAAUUAAUCCUGGGAACCGAUCAACAGGGUCAGAAGCAUCUGAUUCACGUGGUACCGGUGGAUCAUCCGCCGACCAUCGCACUUCCCGUGAAUCAUUCGCAAUUUGCGAAUGAUCAAGCGGCGCAGUUGAACGACACGUUAGAUCAAGCGACGCAGUCGAACGACACGAUCCCGAAACGCGAGAAGCAAGCUUACCAAUGGAUACUCCGUAGGAUUUUUGACUCCUUGAACACGCACAGGCAAUCGAUCGAAAAUUUCCUCGAAUCCUCGCCGGCCGACAACGCGCAAAGGAUACCAUCUUCGACGGAUAAUAUGGAAGCCGUUGCAUCUUCCUGGCGCAAUCGUAAUGCAAGACAUAUGAACGCUCGUAAUGUUGAGCCAUUGCGCUUUAAUAAUGCAACGUUACCAUCUUUAUAUGUGGGAAACGAAGAUGGAAUGGGGAGACAUCGAUACAGAAACAAAUAUGGUUACGAAAAUAUGAAACAAAAUGUUAAUAAUUAUUACACGACAUAUCGAGAUACGAAUCAAGAUAUAAUGCUGCGCGGACAGUCGCUAAUAGAUUCAAAUUGGAAUCGAAUUGGAGAUCGACGAAAAAUUCACACCAAGCCAUAUUUUGUUAACGGUAAAAAUAUUUCGAGGAUAGAUUCAUUGAUUCCAUUUAAAAAUUCAGGUAAUACUUCACUAGAUGUUAUUUCUGUUGAUUCUAAUAACAGCUUUAUUAUACACUCCGGGAAACAAAUUAAUUUUAAUGACACGUUCGAUAAGGCAAAUAAUAAUUUCACGGAAUCGAAUUCGAUAAUAAUAAAACGCGAGAACGGACAAUUAUUCAAAUCAGAACGGCUGGAAAGCGGCGAUGCUAAUCAAAAGUUUGAGGCUUCCCGUCAUUCUUUCAGGAUAAUUGAUACCACCGAGUCGCCAGUAAUUCGAAGAGAACACGAAACCCUAAAUCGCACUAAAACACUACAAAUCACUACGUCAAAGUCAUUCGUUGAUGAUCAGUAAUUAAGGUACAAAAACGACGAUGGAAAAGUUAAUUGCGAUAUUGCAAUUAUACAUAUAUUUGUAUGAUUGCAGCAAUUAAUUCGUAUAAAUUACGUAAUACAUAAUAUAAUAUAACGUUUAUCAAAUUAAUAUACUUUCCAAUAAAAUGUAUCAAGAUUCGAUUUUUUAAUGGAGGAUUGAUUGUACUCUAAUAUGCAAUGUAAUCGCAUAGCAAAGAAAAAAAAGAAAAAAAAAAUAUUUGCAUUAAAAUAA